AGGGGAAGAAGAGAUAUGACGGAAUACGAUGAUCGCGGCUGUGCGUCAAAUAUGUUUUUACCGAGCUGCACUUAUUACGUUUCGACGCCCGAUUUUACAUCAGUCUCCUCCUUUUUACCGCAGACGACUUCGUGUCAGGUUAAUUUCCCGUAUUCUUCAAACAUAACCCAAGUCCAACCUGUUCGAGAAGUCGCUUUCAGGGAUUAUGGACUGGACCAUCCCAAAUGGCACUACAGGGGCAAUUACGCGUCUUACUACUCAACGGACGAGAUAAUGCAUCGGGACUUGAUCCAGUCCUCGGGCAGCAGGGCGGAUGUGAUAUUCAAAAACGAGUCCUUGUACGGCCACCACGGGGGGACGAGCUCGCCGUGCAAUUUCUUCGCCAGCGUCGGCCGGAACGGGGUUCUUCCCCAGGGCUUCGACCAGUUUUUUGACACUCCCAACUCGGACAAGCCCAACGCGGAGCCCCCCAAACAAAAGACAGACUCUGCCGCUCCCGGUGAUGCUGCCAACAGCGAUCAGGCGUUAACCAAACUGGAGCAGCACGGCGCUGACCCGACCGGGAGCGUCGACGAGGACUCGUCCUCCAACUGCGGCGACAAGAGCAACCAACAAAGUUCAUCCACCAAGUCCAGGAAGAAGAGGUGUCCCUACUCCAAAUACCAAAUCCGAGAACUUGAACGAGAGUUUUUCUUCAACGUGUACAUUAACAAAGAGAAGCGACUUCAGCUGUCCAGGAUGUUAAACCUGACUGAUCGGCAGGUGAAGAUUUGGUUUCAGAAUAGAAGAAUGAAGGAGAAAAAGCUCAACCGUGAUCGCCUUCAGUAUUUCACUGGAAAUCCUUUAUUCUGA